AUCCGAUAUGUCGCAGCGUGCGUAUUCUACUUCCGGAUCGCGAAUUCCUCAAUGGACUGGAAAACGUACUAUUUUCUCGCUGUUCCGGGUGUUUUCUUUGGUUUUCUUGUGCGCGUCCGGUUUUCCCUACUGCCCUUCGCUGGCACGCAGGCCUUCCGCCGGCCCUCUGGAUGCUUCGGCGAUGCCCCGCUGUUCUUCUGCUGCAAGGUAUGGCGACGUGUUGUUUGGUUUCGCCUUGAAUCUGGUAAGCCUCCCGAGUUCUUGGGUUCCUCAUCUCACCGUGCCUUUUAUUCCAGCCCGUCCUUGGGCCCCAGUCCAGGGUGCCGACCGAUCUCCCAGCUCGUGAUCAAUAGGUCAUCCGACCUUUCGCCCGUGCUGCCAAACAUCGGCCCGUCCCCCGUGGCCAGCUCCGCCCGUCUCCGGAUCGGCUUAGACGCGGAUGUCACCCCCGUGCAGCGCCUCGGACCCAGGGAUCAUCCGAUUCCCCAGCCGGUAGACCGCACACGGGCGGCAUCCGCUUUUGUCCCGCCUCCCCCGAGUUAGCAGUAGGCUUCGAUGCCCUGGACCCGGACCCGAACUUCGGCUCAUCCUCGGAACCCCCUUCUCGGGUGCCCCCUCGUCCGUCGACGCACCACGCAACCCGCCCCCCUGGGAUAGUGGUAACCCGGAUCCAGCUUUAUUCGUCUGCCGGCCGCAGUCUGCUGCUUAGUUUUAAUGCCUCUUGGCUUUGCCGAUUUUAGUUGAAAGAGGAUUCCGGGUGGCCUUGUCCUGCGUGGCACUAAGUCGGGCCGCCCGUUCCUCCCUUGUGGGCGAUUCCUGUCCUGCGUGGCACGAGUGGUUCUUAGUUUUACUGAACCUUAGUUGUAAGAGUAUCCUGUACGACCUUGUCCUGCGUGGCAUCCUCUUGAGACUCUCCUUUCUGCCCCUGCCGCUAGUCUCUGUCUUUCGUGCCCCAUCCAUCCUUCUCCGUAUGCCUCGCCCGUUGCCCCUCCUUGUGCGUCGCCUACGCUUCGGUUCCAGGGCUUUUUUUAGGGGUUCCCUCACAGGGCUGUGGCUUCAGGUCCCCCAUAUGGGCGGUCCGCGUCCGUUUCUCGCUGUCCUUCCUUAAUUUACAAAUGACCGGCGACACGAAAUCCAUUAUGGUGUAGGGACCGUCAUAUUUCGGGGCCAGUUUUGCAGCAAACCCUUCGGCCGCAUUGGAUAGAUGGUGUUGCUUGGCCCAUACCUUGUCUCCAAUCGUGGGUUUCUACGCUCUCCUCCUCAGGUUAUAAUACCUCGCCUGGUCCUGCGCCGCUCUUUCGAGAUUCCGCCUCACCAGUUGAAAUACUUCUCUCAACUUGGCCGCGUUAUCGUCCGGAGUGGGCGUGCCCUGUCCUGUGCCAAGCACUUCUUCAUCGUAUAGAGCCUUUGGUAGCCUCGGCUCUCUCCCUUGGACAACAAACGCCGGCGAGUACCCGGUGGAUUCGGACACCCCUGAAUUUACGGCCAACAUUAUCUCUGGCCAUUUCUCAUCCCAGUUCCUCUGGUUCCCUUCGGUGAACUGAGCUAUCAUAGUUUUCACUGUCCGGUUAGUUCGCUCCAUCGGGUUCUCCUGCGGCGUGUACGGGACCGUGAACUGAUGCCGUACACCAAUCUGCUCCAAAAACCUCUCAAAAGCUCUACUGGUGAACUGGACGCCAUUAUCCGUGAUCACCACCUUCGGCACGCCAAACCGGGACACGAUGCGCUCUCGGAACGCUUUUGUUAGUGCUUCCGCAGUGGCCUUUCUCAAGGGGACCAACUCGGUCCAUUUCGAGAACCGAAUAACACCAAUAACAUGGCAUUCCCAUGCUUUGACCUGGGCAGAGGGCCCACGAAGUCGGCACACACUGUUGCCCACGGCUCCUCUGACACUUGUGUCAGCAUUUUCCCGGCCGCCUGUAGAUGACUUGGUUUGUAGCGUAUGCAGAUUUCACUCUUUCUCACGUAUGUCCUCACAUCUCGGUGCAUCCCCGGCCAGUAGUACCGGGCGGUACUAAAGUUAGUAGUUAUUAUAUAGGCACUUUGCUAUGGGACAGUGGUAGGUACACAAAGGAGGAAUAUAAAUUAUAGAGAAAGUAGAAAGGUUCAAGGGCAUCGAAACCGUUUUUCAGGAAACACUUAAAAAAUACCUCUAAACUAUCACAUUAGAUUCAUUGCAAAGGGAUGACCUACCUGUUUGAGGGUUGUUUGAAUCGCAACACGGGACCAAUCGUAAAAACAGGUUCAUUGACAGUAAGUGGGAGGAGAGAGAAUAUAAAUGAGCGAAGGAUCGAUUUGAGAGGAUUUUACAUGGUUGAGAAACAGGAUUAAGAUCGAAGUUAGUUCACAUUAUCGCCGAUAGGUGGCGCCACCAAGUAGUAAGGAUACGGGACAGCGACUUUUUACACUGAAUUACCAAAUUCGCAACAUGUUGCAGCAACAUUUGCUUAAGCAUGUGCAGCUUGGCAGCAUGUUGAAUGUAAGUGUGCAUCAUAUUGCUAUGUUAUUACGUGAUCAUGUUAAAUAAAUACUUAUAAGAUAUUUUAUUAACAUUGAAUUGGGAACCAAUUUCUGCUAUGUUAUUAACUGGUCAAGUUAAAUAAAUACUUAUAGGAUAUUUUAUAAACAUUGAAUUGGGAAAACAAAUGUGUGAAGUUUCUGAAAUAUACAUCCUAUAGAAAACAUAGGUUGGAAACCUGGGUAUCUAGAUGUCCGUAUAGAGGGUUGAAUGGUAAGAGAACACAAAUUAAUGGAGAUAUAUAUAGGAGCACGCAAAGAAUAAAAUUAUAAUAGGAAGACAUCAAAAUUAAUUAAUGCUACUUAGAGUAAAUAUACGUCUGUCCCGUAUCCUUACUACUUGGUGGCGCCACCUAUCGGCGAUAAUGUGAACUAACUUCGAUCUUAAUCCUGUUUCUCAACCAUGUAAAAUCCUCUCAAAUCGAUCCUUCGCUCAUUUAUAUUCUCUCUCCUCCCACUUACUGUCAAUGAACCUGUUUUUACGAUUGGUCCCGUGUUGCGAUUCAAACAACCCUCAAACAGGUAGGUCAUCCCUUUGCAAUGAAUCUAAUGUGAUAGUUUAGAGGUAUUUUUUAAGUGUUUCCUGAAAAACGGUUUCGAUGCCCUUGAACCUUUCUACUUUCUCUAUAAUUUAUAUUCCUCCUUUGUGUACCUACCACUGUCCCAUAGCAAAGUGCCUAUAUAAUAACUACUCACAGCUAACAGCUAGGACAUAAACUAGUAAUCUUUCAACAACGAUGGAUGACCUUGAAAUCAUUUUUAUCGAUUCCCAACCGGAAUCAACCAUAAAUCUGGACUCUCAGCCGAGCUCCGUAGACCUGUCCUUGAUUUUUGGGAUUAAGACUCAAACCUAUCUCGAGAGCAACUUGACCUGGUUAAGUGACAUUAAAUGGGAUGAUGACGACGAUGACCCAAGGAAUGCAACGUCUAAUAAUGAUAAUCCAGCAUACAUUUUCCCGGAUGAUGACAACAUUUUCGAUUUAGUAGAUAAUCAGGAUGAUGAUAAAAGAUCUCAACUCCAGGAACUACUUCGGGACGAAGAUGAUGAUGACUUAAUUGCUGCGGUAAAAUUAGCUGAGGCGAAAUUUUAAUAAUACGAAUACAUAUUUAUAUAAUAAGAAUAUUUUAUGUAUUUUUCUAAAAAUAAUAUAUACAUAUGUACAUAUAUAAUAAAUAUAACACAUUUAACCACUAUUUAUUUUAAAUGUUUCUGUUUUACUUUUGAUUGGUUGAAUUUCACUUCCUCUUAUUACAAGAGAAUCAUAGGAUUCGUUUGAAACAGGUUUCUUCCACGUGAGGAUUACACAAAAAGAAUAAGUGGAUUUCAGGUAGAAUAGAGGUUGUAACCUUUCCCUCAUAUUAUUAGAUUGACCCAGUAGGGAUCGUUUGAAACAGGUUUGUGAACAGGUACUGUUGUUUUGGAUAUAAAAGAUUAAGAAGGUGUUUGGGAGGGGCCUAAAAAGAUACCAUUUAAAAAGGAAAACCCUUAGUCCUGUUUCAAUAGUGAAAGUGGUUAGUUCGAUACAAAAAAAAAAUAAAUAAAUAAAUAAAACUUAAAAUGGCAUCAAAAGUUCAGUGCAACAUGUGUGAUAAGUCCGUUGACUUUUCAGAGUUUCAAUCUCAUUAUGAGAGAUGCUCUGAUUUGCGUAAUAAUGUAGUGUGUGACCUUUGCUCUAAGUCCAUCGACUUAAUAGAGUUUGAUAGUCAUUAUGAAGCAUGCUUGGGACCUAAGAAUGCUUUUGAGAUUCUUAUGAGCAAAGGAUCUAAUUCAAGUGAUCUUCAAGGUCCUUCAACGUCAGGAGCUUCAAAACGGCCUCGAUUGGAUACUCCGAUGGACCUAAGGAUUAUUGACUGUUCAAUUUGCGGUGAAAGUUACCCUUCGUCUAGGGAAAGACGCCAUAUGAUGUCGGACAAACAUAAGAAUGCAAGAGCAGCUCAACUAGAGGAAAAUGAAAACGUUAUUUUAAUUUCAACGGAGUCGCGAUUUCCUUUAAAAUCAUAUCGUGUUCACUCAAAUAAAAGUGAACAGAUUGAUUUAAAAGAGUUUUUUUAUGAUUGCAAAAAUGAUAUUAUCAAUUUAUUGCGUCACUGCAUGAGUGAGUACAGAUCCAUAAAAUACAAUUUAAAAGUAUAUGGAUUAUACGUUAAAAACACUGAUGAUGAAAGCUUAACAGAAACAAUGAAGCAUUUCAUUACGCCAUACAACCCAAUAUAUGAAAACGAGCUGAUUGAUGAUCAUCUAAAUGAUACAAUAGAAAAUUUGAUAACUCUCAGCAGUGAAUUCCAGGAGAAGGAUUCAGGUUGGGCAAUAAAGUGUUUUAAAUAUUUUGAACUUACCAUGAUAAAACUAGAGCAUAUCGCUGCAAACAGGUUUAUCCAAGCUCCCAAAAAAAUUAAGUCACGAAAUGCACUCAUAAAUGUUAAAAAUGACGAUGAUUUUUGUUUCAAGUGGUGUGUUUUAGCAUCAUUAGCCUAUGGAACACACCUUAAAACUAUAUAUCAAACAGCAGCAUUAAAAAAAAUUUCCCGAGAUAAGUUAACAAUACCAUCAUCCUAUCGAUGCGGAAACAUACGGCAAGACAUCAUUUAUUAUGAAGGAGUAAGAUUAAAUUUUUCCGGAAUUGAGUUUCCAAUAACAAGCAAAGGAAUCAAGCGAUUCGAAUCAGCAAAUGAGGAUUUUAGCAUCAAUGUUUAUGAAGUCGAUGAGAAUGGAAAAAACGUUGUGGGACCCACAGUGAGGACUAAGAAAAUUCGGACUCACCACAUAAACUUGCUUGGAAUUAAUAGUGAUAAUAUGCAAAUGAUGCAUUAUGCAUAUAUAACGUGCAUGAGAAAAUUAUGUUAUUCACAACAUAGUAAAUCCCAUAAUACGGCAUAUUUUUGCGAGAACUGCUUGCAAUUUUAUAGUACAACAAAUACUAUACAUGACACUAAAGAGUGUGGAAAAGUUGCUGCUUUGUAUCCUGAACCUAAUACCAAAACUGUAUUCAAAAGUUUUUCUAAAAAACUAUCUCCACCAGUAGUAAUUUAUGCUGACAUCGAAGCAGUUUUGGAAAAUUACGAUAUAAAUCUUAAUGAUCCAUUAAAAUCAUCAACUACUAUGGCACAGAGGCAUACAGCAUGUGCAGCAUCAUUUUAUAUUGUACAUAAAUACAAUGAACAUCUAAAUGAGAUGUGGACAUACGAAGGUAAAUAUUUUAACAUUCCAGCAAAGGCAAUAAACUCAUAAACAUUAUGAUUUCGUUAUUUCAGGACCGGAUUGUAUCCAAAAAUUUUGUCAAGCACUUAGGAUGAAAACCGAUGGACUUUAUGAGAAGUACUGGAAGUCCUAUAAAAAACCAAUCUAUCAGUUUAAAAUUUGGGAUGAGGAUUACCAGGAACACGGUGAAUGCUAUGCCUGCGAGAAACAAAUUUCUGAUGAUGAUCGAGAAAAAUUCUUUGAUCAGUUUACAGGACAAUAUGUAGGUCCUAUUCAUAAGCUGUGUAAACAGACAUUUAGAUUAAGCGAUCCCUUUUUCCCGGUAGUUUUUCAUAACUUAUCUCGUUAUGAUAUACAUUUAUUUGUUACGUCAAUAAAAGAUGAACUAAGACCCAUUCCUUGCAAUAAAGAGUUAUAUAUUGCGUUAACUCAAAUUUGUAAGCUCGAUGAAUCUUAUCUUCAUCAAUAUAAAAUUAGAUAUAUAGAUUCAAAUAGAUUUUUAAAUUCAAGCUUAGAAAAACUCGCUAGUUAUAUGAACAUAGCGAAUUUUAAAAUUUUGAGAAGUAAAUAUCAAGGUGAAAAAUUUGAUAUGCUACGACGAAAGGGAGUAUUUCCCUAUGAUUAUUUGGAUAGUUUUGAAAAAUUUGAUGAAUCCCUGCUUCCUUCGCGAGAUAAUUUUUAUAAUUCACUGAAUGAUGAGGAAUGUAGUGUUGAAGACUACAACUUUGCCCAGAAGGUUUGGAACGCAUUUAAUUGCAAAUCUAUUAGAGAUUAUUUAAAAUUAUAUUUGGAAAGCGAUGUUUUAAUUCUUGCUGAUGUAUUUGAGAAUUUUAGAAGUCUUUGUUCCCGAGUGUACAGGUUAGACCCCAUUAAUUAUGUUACUGCUCCUUCAGUUUCAUGGGAUGCAAUGUUAAAAUACACAAGAGUAGAAUUAGAACUUGUUAGUGAUCCUGACAUUUAUAAUUUUUUAAAAACUGCUGUUCGUGGAGGAUUGACUCAAUGCACUCAACGGAUUGCAACAGCAAAUAACAAAUAUUUAAAUAAUAAAUUUAAGCCUAACGAACCCAUAAAUUUCCUUUCAUAUAUUGACGCCAACAACUUAUAUGGAUGGGCUAUGAGUCAACCCCUUCCAUUUUCUAAUUUUAAAUUUCUAAGUAACGAUGAAAUUUCAUCUUUCAACGUUCUUAGCAUAUCGGCAUCUAGUGAUGUUGGAUAUAUUUUAGAAGUAGAUUUGCGAUAUCCUGAUGAUAUUCAUAAUAAGCAUAAUAGUUUACCUUUUUGCCCCGAAAAUAAGAUUCCACCAGGAGGAAAGCAGACAAAACUAAUAGCUGACUUAAGUGAUAAAAAGAACUAUAUAAUUCAUUUGAAGCAGCUACAGUUAUGUAUAGAGCAAGGUAUGAUUUUAGAAAAAAUAUCUAGAGUUUUAUCAUUUAAUCAGUCCUGUUGGCUGAAACCAUAUAUUGACCUCAAUACAUCUCUUAGAAAAUUAGCUAGCAAUGACUUUGAGAUAAACUUUUACAAAUUAAUGGUUAAUGCCGUUUACGGUAAAACAAUGGAGAAUGUAGAAAAACGUCGUGAGGUUGCAUUAGUUAAGCAUUAUGAGUCAAGACAAAACUCAGCAGGGUUUAGACAACGCAUAGCAAGACAUAAUUUCCACAGUGUUGAAAUCUUUGGAGAUAAUUUGGCUGCCAUUGAAUCAAUUAAGUCCCGAAUUUUUUAUGAUAAGCCCAUAUACAUUGGAGUUAGUGUACUAGAACUUUCAAAAUGGUUAAUGUAUGACUAUUUCUAUAAUUUUCAUUCUGUAAAAUGUCCAUCAUCAAAAAUACUCUAUAUGGAUACAGAUUCAUUUAUUAUAUCAUCAGAAGAAGAUUUUUAUGAUUUAAUUAAAUUCAAUCCUAAUCGCUUUGAUACAUCCAAUUACCUAGCCUCAAACAGAUUCGGUAUCAAUCUCGCUAAUAACAAAGAGCUUGGAUUAAUGAAAGACGAAAAUGCAGGAAAAAUAAUGACGUCGUUUGCAGGAUUAAAAGCGAAAGCAUACUCAUAUUUAAUUGCUAAAGAUGAUAACACUGACUAUAACGUAAAAAAGGUUAAAGGCGUAAAAAAGUCAGUAGUUAAACGAUUAACUCAUACUCAUUAUAUUGAAUGCAUUAAACAUAAAAAAACUUAUUAUGGACAACAGAGAGUUAUUAGAAGUAGAGGUCAUAAAAUUUAUACUGAAAUUGUAAAUAAGAUAAGUCUAAAUUAUAAGGAUGACAAAAGAUUUAUAUUACCUGAUAAUAUUUCAACAUUAGCUCAUAAUCACUAUGAAAUUAAAAAUAUUUUAGGUGCUAGUAAUAAUACA